GGGAGGGGCGAGGGCUUCCCUCGGGGCGACGCGGGCCGAGCGAGACCAUUUCCCCGCAAGGACACCGCUGCUCCGCCCGGCCGAGCCGGGAAGUCCGGGCCGACGAGCGGAAAGCCCCAGGGUCCGCGGCCGGGAGCCACCCUGUCGCCGGACGUCCCAGAUUCUGGUUGUUGUUGUUGUUACUCAGAGCCCGAAAUUCCUCCCCAGCGCCUCCUCCCUCCCGCCCCACCUGCUCCCGGCCUCGGGCGGGCACGGCGUCAGGGAGCCUGCGCCCUCAGCGCGCGGGUGCGGGCGCUCGCGUUCGGCCACCAUGGGGAAUGGGAUGAACAAGAUCCUGCCUGGUCUGUAUAUUGGCAACUUCAAAGAUGCCAGGGAUGCAGAGCAGUUGAGCAGGAACAAGGUGACCCAUGUUCUGUCUGUCCACGAUAGCGCCAGGCCCGUGUUGGAGGGGGUUAAAUACCUGUGCAUUCCAGCAGCGGAUUCACCAUCUCAAAACCUGACAAGACAUUUCAAAGAGAGUAUCAGAUUCAUUCACGAGUGCCGGCUCAGGGGAGAGGGCUGUCUCGUCCACUGCCUGGCCGGUGUCUCCAGGAGUGUGACUCUGGUGAUCGCGUACAUCAUGACCGUCACGGACUUUGGCUGGGAAGAUGCCCUGCACACUGUGCGUGCCGGGAGGUCCUGUGCCAACCCCAACCUGGGCUUCCAGAGACAGCUCCAGGAGUUCGAGAAGCACGAAGUCCAUCAGUACCGGCAGUGGCUGAAGGAGGAGUUCGGAGAGAGCCCUCUGCGGGACGCGGAGGAAGCCAGGAGCAUUCUGGCCACACCGGGACUGCAGAGGUACUGGGCCUUUCUCAGAAGACUGUGAUGUGCCUGAAGCUUCUGAAAUAUUGCAAAGCCACAGAAUUUUGUCUGGUGCAGAGUUUAUUUUUCCGUGUCCAGAAGUGAUCUGUAAACUUGUUUAUUUUAAACUGAAACGUGUGUAAUCGUGUUGUUGUAUGUUCGGCACUGAGGACUCUCCUUAGCAAGAGGACGCAUUUUUGCCUUAAUCCCUGUGCUGCGGCCGUGUCUCGAAGCUCACUGCCGUGCCUGGGCAGCCGCACGUCCUGCUGCAGGGCAGGGCUGCCGUGACCACCCUGGCCACGUCUCGGGCGUUCGGGCCGCACCAGCUCAGCUCACGCCCUGGUUUCCAGCUGGUGUAGCUCUCCGGUGUUUCCUCCAUGGUUUGCGGGUCUCCGUAGUGGCGUUCCCAGCAGCUACACGUGUGUUAAUAAAAGGCAGCUUGGCCACUUCAGUGCACGUGCAGAGCAUCCUUCCUUAGCUGAGUGGGGACCCCUGCGUGUCUGCCUGGG